GGGUAAUGUGAAGAAAUAAUGAGAGGAAUAGAAAAGAAGCAGCGUGUACCGGCCAAGUACAAUACCUGACUAUGCGCUGUUUGUUUCUCUACCCCUAGCCAUAGCCACAGUCUUCUUCUUCGUGUCUUCCUUAAAAAGCUGCCAUUUUUAGAUUCUAGAGAGAGAAAGGUAACCUUCUACCUACCCUGGGAGGGUGAGGAACAGAGCAUCCAUAGAGAGCUUGAGGAGGGCGUGGUAGCUGGGGAUGGAUAACGAGUCUUUGGAGGCUGUGGUGAAGGAAGUUGUGGAUUUGGAAAAUGUGCCUCUUGAAGAGGUUUUUCAGACUUUGAGGUGUAGCAGAGAUGGGCUCACCACAGAAGCUGCUCAAGAGAGGCUUGCCAUUUUUGGCUACAACAAGCUUGAGGAGAAAAAGGAGAAUAAGAUUUUGAAGUUCUUGGGGUUUAUGUGGAACCCUCUUUCAUGGGUUAUGGAAGCUGCUGCUAUCAUGGCGAUUGCCCUAGCCAAUGGAGGAGGGAAACCUCCUGACUGGCAAGAUUUUGUUGGAAUUAUUACCCUGCUUUUUAUCAAUUCAACCAUCAGUUUCAUAGAGGAGAACAACGCUGGUAAUGCUGCUGCAGCUCUCAUGGCUCGUCUUGCUCCUAAAGCUAAGGUCCUUCGGGAUGGGAAGUGGACUGAGGAGGAUGCUGCUAUUCUUGUUCCUGGUGACAUAAUUAGUGUCAAACUUGGGGACAUUAUUCCUGCAGAUGCUCGUCUCCUUGAUGGUGAUCCUUUGAAAAUUGAUCAGUCUGCAUUGACAGGCGAGUCUCUUCCCGUAACAAAAGGCCCUGGUGAUGGAGUUUAUUCUGGUUCUACAUGCAAACAGGGAGAGAUUGAAGCAGUGGUGAUUGCCACUGGUGUUCAUACCUUCUUUGGAAAGGCUGCUCACCUCGUGGAUACCACAAAUCAACAGGGACACUUUCAAAAGGUUCUGACAGCAAUUGGGAAUUUCUGUAUUUGUUCCAUUGCUGUGGGAAUGAUAACUGAGAUUAUUGUCAUGUAUCCAAUUCAACACCGACGAUAUCGUCCAGGAAUUGACAACCUGCUUGUGCUUCUUAUUGGUGGAAUUCCAAUCGCCAUGCCCACAGUUCUAUCAGUGACAAUGGCAAUCGGGUCCCAUCGCUUAUCCUUGCAGGGGGCUAUUACGAAAAGAAUGACAGCUAUUGAAGAAAUGGCGGGCAUGGAUGUACUUUGCAGUGAUAAAACUGGAACUCUGACUUUGAAUAAGCUCUCAGUUGACAAGAAUCUUAUUGAGAUCUUUGCAAAAGGAGUAAAUGCAGAUACUGUUGUUCUGAUGGCAGCUCAAGCCUCCCGGCUGGAGAACCAGGAUGCAAUAGAUGCUGCUAUGGUAGGGAUGCUGGCUGAUCCAAAGGAGGCCCGGGCUGGUAUUCAAGAAGUUCAUUUCCUUCCAUUUAAUCCUACUGAUAAGCGGACAGCUCUGACAUAUAUUGACAGUGAAGGGAAAAUGCAUCGGGUCAGCAAAGGUGCUCCAGAACAGAUUUUGAAUCUUGUACACAAUAAAUCAGAGAUAGAACGUAGAGUUCAUGCUGUGAUUGAUAAGUUUGCUGAGCGAGGAUUGCGAUCUCUUGCUGUAGCAUACCAGGAAGUUCCUGAUGGAAGGAAGGAGAGUGCAGGAGGUCCAUGGCAAUUUAUUGGUCUCUUGCCUCUGUUUGAUCCACCUAGACAUGAUAGUGCUGAAACAAUACGUAGGGCAUUGAAUCUUGGAGUAAAUGUGAAAAUGAUUACAGGUGAUCAAUUAGCAAUAGCAAAGGAAACGGGACGACGCCUGGGAAUGGGAUCCAAUAUGUAUCCUUCAUCAUCCUUGUUAGGACAGAAUAAAGAUGAGUCUAUUGCUGCUUUGCCUGUUGAUGAGCUGAUUGAGAAAGCCGAUGGUUUUGCUGGUGUUUUUCCAGAACACAAGUAUGAGAUUGUGAAGCGCUUGCAGGCUAGGAAACACAUAUGUGGAAUGACUGGCGAUGGGGUCAAUGAUGCUCCUGCACUAAAGAAGGCUGACAUUGGUAUAGCAGUUGCUGAUGCAACUGAUGCAGCUCGCAGUGCUUCUGACAUUGUUCUUACUGAACCUGGUCUAAGUGUUAUUAUUAGUGCAGUACUAACUAGCCGGGCAAUAUUCCAGAGAAUGAAGAAUUAUACGAUAUAUGCAGUCUCCAUCACAAUUCGUAUUGUGCUCGGUUUCAUGUUGCUGGCCUUGAUAUGGCAAUUUGACUUUCCUCCCUUCAUGGUACUGAUUAUUGCUAUCCUUAAUGAUGGUACCAUCAUGACAAUAUCAAAGGAUAGGGUCAAACCCUCCCCCCAGCCAGACAGCUGGAAGUUGGCAGAAAUCUUCACAACUGGAAUUGUCCUUGGUGGUUACUUGGCAAUGAUGACCGUUAUUUUCUUUUGGGCGGCAUACAAGACAGAUUUCUUUCCCCGCACUUUUGGGGUUUCAAGCCUUCAACAAAACGAUGGUCACGAUGUUAGAAGGCUUGCAUCAAUAAUUUACCUCCAAGUUAGCACCAUCAGUCAAGCCCUCAUAUUUGUAACAAGAUCACGGAGUUGGUCUUUUGUUGAGCGCCCUGGCCUUUUGCUUGUAACUGCAUUUGUUAUUGCUCAGCUGAUUGCUACGCUGAUAUCUGUCUAUGCAAAGUGGAGCUUUGCUGCUAUAGAAGGGAUUGGAUGGGGUUGGGCUGGUGUUGUCUGGCUUUAUAACCUUAUAUUCUAUUUUCCACUUGAUGUUAUCAAGUUCUUCAUCCGAUAUGCCCUGAGUGGAAAAGCUUGGGAUCUCGUCAUUGAGCAACGGAUUGCAUUCACAAGGAAGAAGGAUUUUGGGAAGGAAGAACGUGAGCUUAAGUGGGCGCAUGCACAGAGAACGCUCCAUGGACUGCACCCUCCUGAAACCAAGAUGUUUGGUGACCGCAGCAGUUUCACAGAACUUAAUCAAAUGGCUGAGGAGGCAAAGAGACGUGCUGAAAUUGCAAGGCUAAGAGAACUGCAUACACUCAAAGGACAUGUUGAAUCAGUGGUUCGGCUCAAGGGUCUUGACAUAGACACAAUUCAGCAAGCCUACACUUUCUGAUAAACGUUUGGCCCCUAAUUGGUGUGUAUACUUAUAUCAUCAAACUAAUAAGGCUUCCAGUUAUCAACUAUGUUCCAACAGUGUUCAGCCUUGUAUAAAUCCAUUAUCUUUCUUAAAGAAUCAAAUUUUGCAAUGACU